AUGGAGUCAACAAGCGAGGAAGAAGCUUUCUUCCGCGUCAUUUCAGAGAACAUGAAGUUUGCAUUCACAAGUCCUGUUCCAACGACGACACAGUUUCCGACUCCGUAUUCCCAGCAGCAGCAACAUCAAGAACAACAACUACUUCAACAUCAACAGAACCAACAAUUGGGUGAGAAUACCAGCAAUGCUGAUGAUAAACAAUUGGCCUCGCAGUCAGUGGAAAACCAAUCCAUGGUGGAAAACAGUAUGCUCAUGAAUGGCCAGGGGGGAGCAGCGAAGCUCAGCGAUGUCAAUGUACAGCCAUCUUCGGCUCUACAGCUGGGGAGUGAGUUUAUGCUUACGUCUCCGGAUCAUUUCAAGGAGUUUCUAUUCGAAUCUCCCGCAGGCUUUAACCUAUGGCAUCGCACUCCUGCCAAGACGCCGCUUCGGUUCUUCAACGGUUCUGCCGGGAAUCCAUCGGCAGGUAAGUCUGAUUCAAUGAAUACUGGAUCGCAGAACCCUCACAACAUGGCUACUCCUCUCAGGAGCAUAGACGUAAAUCUGAUGUUCAGCUCUAAAGACAAGCUUGCCCCCACGUCAGCCUCAUCACCUUCCAAACGGUACCUUUCGCUGACUCCUUAUGGAAAGCGAAUUCUCUCGGAUAUAGGAACCCCCUAUGCCAAGCUACUUGCUUCUUCUAAUAGUGCUCUGGUUGAUUUUCAACGAGCGCGUAAGGAUGUCAUCAAAUCUUCACCCAGAUAUCGCAAGGGUAAAGGUGCCAGUCGUUCCAAGAAACACCUCAAAAAGCCCACUUUUUCACCCAGCGGUACUGAGGCUAGCGUCAGCUCCGGUCACGCUUUGAGUAAACACAAUCUAGCUUCCGCAGAAGCACAACAUGGCCAUGCGCUAGAGGAAGGUACUGGUCACGACUCCGGUUUAGAAGAGUGCGGAUCCUCGCCAACGACAAUACAACUAAACUCGUCGGUGACUAAAUCCUCACGGAACAAACUAGGAUUCAUCGCCAACUGCCCCCCUAUGCCAUACCAAGAAGACGGAUCUAGCGAGGACGACAGAGAAAACAUUGAUGAACGUCUGUUUGGAAUAGGCAAACUCCCUCUUUCACCCACGCCAAAGCCUGCUAGUAGCAACGACGUAGACGUCACACAGCUCAAGAUCCCAGAACUGCCGAAAAUGGGGUCUUUCAGAAGUGAGAGUGGUUCGAGCUCCUCCCUGCCGAGUACGACGAAAAAGACUACGCGGAAACAGCCUAAGUUUCAGAUAAUUGUCACAAAUGCCAAUUCUUUCAAUUCGACGCGAGGUACAAUAGUAGGUGACAGAUCAGGGACCAAGAAACGCAAACCAGCGCUGAAGAGGUCACAAUCUGAAAUUGUAUCUACUAGUGAUGCAGGAAGCAAGAAGAAAGGUAAAAAGCAGAAACUGUCACAAGCAAACAGUUUCUCAAUCGGCUACCAUGGCGGGCAUCCGAGCUCGCAAUGA